UCUGUUGUUUGUUGUUUGUUGUCCUUUGCAUUAAUCUGUCUGUCGGUUAAAUAGCUCGACGGCAUUUAUUUGUCCUGCGAAAGGAGCCCAAAUAUUGCCUAGAAUUUACACAUGUUAAUAAUUGUAAGGAGACAGCACUUAGUAGCAGUGAUUAAGUGCCGAACUUAAGCUGAGGCGAAAGGAAUUCCAGAGAUCUGGGCAAGGAUGGAAACUGAUGAGGAAUUUCAAUGGUUUUUCGAAGGAAGAGAGAAAGAAAGGUUUGGAGUUUUUAGGGAAAAAAUCUAAAUAAAUCCCAGCAAUCUCUGACAGAGUUUUCCCAUAGAAAAAGGUUAGUUUUUGCCUACGAAAAUGUGGCUUUCGCAUCUCCUAUUAUUGCUCCCGCCUUUGGGUUCCCUCUGUGGCGAUAUGCCAGAUCUCUCGUUCAACCAUUUGGCCGCGUAUCUGGUCUCCCUGCGAUCCUACGAUUACGUGCAACAGCCUGGCGAUAAUCACUUCUGUUCGGGGGCCAUCAUCUCAGAGCGGCAUGUCCUCACGUCGGGCCACUGCAUCACCAACAAAAGAGGCCUCCUGAUGAAUGCCCGACGCUUUAAGCUGGCCUUCUGCUCCCCCCUGGCCGAUGCCCGCGACAAGCGCGAACAGUUGGUCCGCAUCCACUCCAUGGUGGUGUAUCCGCUGUACGAAAGGAACAAACAGGACGACUUGGGGGUCAUCAAGCUAAGGCGCAACAUUUGGUUCCGGGGUCACCAUUUGGUGAGCGUCGGCAUUGGCUCGGACCAACUGGACGUGGGCAAAGAUUGCUUUGGCAUCGGCUGGACCCAAAGGGAGACUCGACGCAAAAUGAAGGCCCAUCCCUUGCUGGUGACCAAUGUGGAGAUCCGUCCCUUCGAGGAGUGCCUCAAGCCGCAGGCGAAGGAUCUGCCAAGGAAUGCCCAUGCCGAGGGCGACUUUUUGAUGUGCCUGAACAACACUGAUCCCCACAUCUGCAUGUCCGACAUCGGUGGCCCCAUCUUCUGCAAUAAUCGUCUGUACGGCCUGGCUCUGGGCUUCGUCGAUUGCUCCGAUCACGAUCCCGUGUUCUUCAGCUAUGUGCCGUACUAUAAUUCAUGGUUGGAGCGCAUUAUAUCCCAGGGAGUGCUGCUGCACCACAGACUGCCGCUCCAGUGGCUCGUUGCCUGGGCCCUCCUCCUCCGCCUCCUACGCCACAACUUUCUCUCGGGGCAAAUGCAUGGCUGAAAACCUCUCAUUUUGCCUCCUCCUUGAAGUGCGAUUAAAGUGCUGCCAGCCAUAGAUGGAGAGCCCUUGCCGCGGGGAAAAAACUUUCGCCAGCACUGCACCUGUCUGUCUGUCCCUCUCCCCUCCCCCCUCCCCCCUCUCUCUGUUUGUGCCACGUGUGGCAAAUGUCACGUUCACUUUUUACACUGUUUCCAACCGCAUUGAACUUUCCUUUCGUGUUUCUGUUACCCAAAAAAAACUGCCAAAAAACUUAAUAAAUUUCUGUACAUAAAACAUGA